UAGUACAUACAGCAAAAACCUUCUAAAAAAUAGUUUAAAUUUCUUAAAAAUAGAAAGAGAAGAUUCAUUUGCAGGAAAUCUUGUUUCAAAAUGGGGAGGAAAAAAAGAAAGCCUCCACUGCCAUGGUGUUGGUAUUGCAAUCGAGAAUUUGCAGAUGAAAAGAUUUUAAUACGGCAUCAAAGGGCAAAACAUUUCAAAUGUCAUGUUUGUCACACACAAGUCUACACUGGACCUGGCCUGGCCAUUCACUGCAUGCAGGUCCAUAAAGAAACAAUCGACCGUGUUCCCAAUGCUUUAUCACAUCGAUCGAGUGUUGAUAUCGAAAUAUAUGGUAUGGAGGGCAUUCCAGAAGCUGACCUUUAUGAGCCACCAGAACAAGAACAGCGGCGUUCUGUAGUAGAAAUCCCCGGAGCAGUGAUGAAAAUAUCCGACACGUCCUAUAUUGUGCAUCCCGAGGAAGACAUAUCCUUGGAAGAAAAGAGGGUGCAGCUCCUGAGGGUUCCUCUUCUCCAAUCGCAGAUGCCACUGAUGGAGAGUUAUGUUCUAAGUGCCGUGCCCAAUGGUAAUAGAGAUUUCAAAUUAUCAUUCUGAAAAAAUUCAGCUGACACACCUGCCGUGCUUGUAAACUAGUUUUAAAAGCUUUGUGAGCCAAAACAUUUUUAUGCAAAGAUGGUUUUAAAGUUCUUUUGAUCUGCAAAUUUUGCCCACAGCUUGCAAUGCUCCUGACAGAUUUCAAUAUUCUCUCUCUCUUCAGCUCCAUACACUAUUUCCACUGUGUUAAUGUAUUACACA